CCAUGCACCCUUUGCUAAUCAUGUAUCUUAGUAGACAUUAGUAGUAAUCUUCUCUCAAAUUGGGACAUAUAAAGCGUGCAGACAGAGAGAGAGAGAGAGAGAGGCAUUACUGCUCAAGGGAUAGGUGUCCAUACAGUGUGGAAGGGGAAAUGGACGUGUAGCCGGUUUUGUUAAGAGGGUACACAGUGCAUCGCUGUCUAGCAUGUGAAGGGUGUUGUGUUGUUGUGGAUUUCUUUCUCUCUCUUUACAUUUACAUGCACCCCAACUGGCACUUUGCACAUAUGGGAAGGAAGAGAGUCAGGACAAAACUAGUCUAGGAUUGGAGUCCGAUUCUCUUGGUUUUCUCCAACACUUUAUCCAACUUGGCUGGUGUUCACCCGAAACCAAAACUAGAUAGCCACGUUGCCACGCAGUUAAUAAUACCUAGUAUAGUAGUAUGUGAGUGUUUCAUCCAAGUUGAACUCUCUCUUUUUACCAUUACUCCCUCUUCAUCAUAAAUUGGACACUCCUUCAAAGUAAAACCAGAAUAAGUAGUGUGAAUAACCAACCCAUUUUAGAUUUCAUUCCUUUGAGAAGCAAAGGAGAUGAAUGCAUUGGCUUCACAAUGCAGUAGUGGGUGUGAGUCUGGCUGGACUCUAUACCUGGAGCACUCUUUCCAGCUGAACCACAAUGCCUCUUCACAUACAACUUCGCAGUUGUUCAAAGACAAACAGACCAAAAAGCUGGAGGAGGCUGAGGAAGAGGACUUGUCCAUGGUUUCUGAUGCUUCUUCUGGGCCUCCACACUUACACUUGCCAGAUGCACAAGAUAAUGGGAGCUUUUAUUCUGCAUCUAAGGCGGCAAAACUUGGCAAGAAAAGUAAAAAGAGGCAGAAAGUUAAGGAAAACCAACACUUGCCUUCUUUGCUUGAUGAUACUGCUAGCUCUCCGGUCUUUGACUUCUCCAUGAACAAUUUCACUGUGACCAAACAACAAACUUCCGCAGAGAGCAUGCUAGAUUACUCACAAGGCUUCUCUGCUACUUAUUAUGAGGAGAGAUCCUCAUUGCAAGACCACUUUGAGUUUUUACAGCAAUCUCAAUCAGAAAAUGGAGUUCGUAACAACAAAUGGUACGGAGAGAAAGAGAUGGGAAUGAUAUAAAGAUAAGUUCUAUUUCUACGGAUGGCUACCGCAGCUAUACAACUUGUUGCAGUGGAAGAUACUGAAGAUCGAUGAAGAUGGUGUGGAAGGAAUCUGAUCUCGAAAGGGAUUCUGAUCCUUUGUUUUCUAUUGUCAUAUCUUUUAGCUGUCAAUGCAGUGAGAAACAAACUGAAAGGAAGGAAAAUUUAGAAAUAAACUUUUUUUUUCUUCUUUUUUCUUUCAUAA